UUAGCGGUGCAGUGUGUUGCUGGUGGCCGGGCGGGAGCUGCUUUGUGUGCUGCAGGGGAGGAGCGGCGCCCCGGGCGGAGCGGCAGCCAUGGGCAGGACCGCGACAGUGGCUACUUGUGCUCUCAACCAGUGGGCGCUAGAUUUUGAUGGCAAUUUGGCAAGGAUUUUAAAAAGUAUUGAAAUAGCAAAAUACAAAGGAGCAAGAUACAGACUUGGACCAGAGCUUGAAAUUUGUGGCUAUGGCUGUUCAGAUCACUAUUAUGAAUCCGAUACGCUGUUACAUUCAUUUGAAGUUCUGGCAAAGCUUUUGGAAUCUCCUGCCACUCAAGACAUCAUCUGUGAUGUGGGAAUGCCUGUUAUGUGUAGAAAUGUUCGCUACAACUGUAGAGUGAUCUUUUUAAACAAGAAAAUUCUUCUGAUCAGGCCAAAGAUGAUGCUGGCAAAUACAGGAAAUUACAGGGAACUUCGAUGGUUUACCCCAUGGAGCAGAGCACGGUUUGUGGAGGAAUAUUUUCUCCCCAGGAUGAUACAGGAGGUGACAGGACAGGAAACUGUUCUUUUUGGUGAUGCAGUGCUAGCAACCAAAGAUACAUGUCUAGGGAGUGAAAUCUGUGAAGAGCUGUGGGCACCAAAUAGCCCUCAUAUUGAAAUGGGUCUUGAUGGGGUGGAGAUCUUCACUAAUUCAUCAGGGAGUCACCAUGUGCUGCGGAAAGCUCAUACCCGUGUGAAUGUGGUAAAUUCUGCAACAGCAAAGAGUGGUGGGAUUUACGUCUUAGCCAAUCAGAAAGGCUGUGAUGGUGAUCGUCUGUACUAUGAUGGUUGUGCCAUGAUUUCUAUGAAUGGAGACACUAUUGCUCAAGGAUCCCAGUUUUCACUGAAUGAUGUGGAAGUCUUGGUUGCUACACUGGAUUUGGAAGAUGUUCGAAGUUAUAGGGCAGAAAUUUCAUGUCGUAACCUAGAGGCAAGCAAAGUGAAUUCCUAUCCCAGAAUAAAAGUGAAUUUUGCUCUGUCAUGUUCUGAUGAUAUAUGUGUACCUGCAUGUGAGCCAAUCCAGUGGAGAUAUCAUAGUCCAGAGGAAGAAAUCUGCCUUGGCCCUGCAUGCUGGCUUUGGGACUACUUAAGACGCAGUAAUCAGGCAGGAUUUUUUCUACCGCUUAGUGGUGGAAUUGACAGCUCUGCUACAGCUUGCAUUGUAUACUCCAUGUGUCGCCAGGUUUGCCUCGCAGUCAAGAAUGGAAAUCAAGAUGUGCUGGCCGAUGUACGUAGGAUAGUGAAUGAUGAGACCUAUACUCCUGUGGAUUCCCAGGAAUUCUGUGGACAUAUCUUCACCACUUGUUACAUGGCUAGUGAGAACUCCUCCCAGGAUACAUACAACAGGGCCAAAUUGUUGGCUGAACAAAUAGGCAGCUAUCAUAUAAAUCUAAACAUAGAUGUGGCAGUGAAAGCCAUUGUGGGGAUUUUCAGUAUGGUGAUGGGCAGAGCUCCCCAGUUUCGUGUCUAUGGAGGGAGCAGCAGGGAAAAUCUGGCACUACAGAAUGUGCAGGCUAGAAUAAGAAUGGUCCUUGCCUACUUGUUUGCUCAGCUGAGUCAUUGGGCUCGUGGGAUGCCUGGUGGGCUUCUAGUGCUUGGAUCAGCCAAUGUGGACGAAAGUCUUCACGGAUACUUGACUAAGUACGAUUGCUCCAGUGCCGAUAUCAAUCCUAUUGGUGGAAUCAGCAAGACUGACUUGAGAAGUUUCAUACAGUAUUGUAUGGAAAACUUCCAGCUUACAGCACUCAGAAGUAUUAUAUCAGCUCCACCAACUGCAGAGUUAGAGCCCCUUGCGGAUGGACAAGUGUCUCAAACUGAUGAGGUAAUAGGCAGUGACUUUAAAAAAUGCUCUGUGCCCUUUUUGUGUGUGAUAUUUCAGGAAGAUAUGGGGAUGACAUACACAGAGCUCUCAGUCUAUGGCAAACUAAGGAAGAUGGCCAAGGCUGGACCUUACGGCAUGUUUUGUAAGCUGAUCAAUAUGUGGAAGGAGAUCUGUACCCCAAGAGAGGUGGCAUCCAAGGUUAAGCAUUUUUUCAGGAUGUACUCAAUUAACAGACAUAAAAUGACCACCCUCACACCUGCCUAUCAUGCUGAAAACUACAGUCCUGAUGACAACCGAUUUGACCUGAGACCUUUCCUUUACAACUCCACCUGGUCCUGGCAGUUCAGGUCUAUAGAUAAACAGGUUUCCAAUCUAGAAAGUAAGGAAGGGAAGCCUGUACUUGAAGAUGUGGACUGACCACGCUCCAUUCUUAUACUACUGACUUAAUAGUGGAUCUACAAACACAACAUUCAAGGACAGAGUAUAUUCUGAAGAUCAGCAUGGUUCCAGUGUCUGAACAGACUAUAGAGCUGAUUUAUCUUUUUGUUACCAGUGAUAUCUGUAAUUAAUCAAACCCAAAUUAGUUUGGACAAGUAAGUUUCAAGCUGUAUUCAUGAUUCUGAAUGGUUUGCUUUAGCUAUUCACUGUUUGUUAUUCAUGGUGUGCGAUUGGUCACAUACUUCACAUGAUCAUGGCUGAAACUUAAAAUGUAAAAAUAAAGAUUGGACUUUGGGGUUUUAAUUUUUGGAUAA